AUUUCGCCGUUUUAAAUCCGGCUUUGUCUCACCGUUAACAGCUUUAUUUCCGCUGCAGUUUCAUUUUAACGGAAAUCUCAGUCGGCUGCUUUUAUCUUUGUUAGCUCUGUUAGCUGUGUUAGCCAGCAGGGCUAACGGCUAGCAGACUUAGCAUCAUGUUGUGUUUCCUGUCGGAGUUUCUGAGUUUGUUCCUGUUUGUUGUGGCUGCAGCUGGACGUGAACACGGUCCAGAUGUCACCACUGUGGUCGUAUCUGAAUUUAGCGACGCCGUCUUACCCUGUUCCCUGAGCACCAAGGAGAACCUCCAAGGGAAACACUUUAACUGGAUUAAAGACAACAACGUAGAGGUUUUCUUUUACAACGCCAGCGUUUAUCCCAACAACAGCCAUCCGGGUUUUGAAAAGCUGCUCCAAGAACGAACAUUCCAUCUUCCAGAACAACUCACGCUGGGGAACGCCUCCAUAAAGAUCGAAUUCGUAAAACUUGAAGACGCCGGAAACUACACCUGCAUUAUUCCACGUCUUCAAGCGAAGGAAGAAAGAUCCACCAUCAGGCUGGUGGUUGAACCAAUCCUCAGAGAUCGAUCACUAGAAAUCCCAGGUGCUCUCGUCAAGCCUUUUGCCAGGAUCCUCGACUCCAGCGUGGAAGGGGUUCUGCUGAGGUGUGAGGUUCACGGUGCCGUGAUAAAACCGACAGUACGAUGGCUGGACGGCGAUGGAAACGUCCCACCUACGAUGGAGCUAACAGUCGAUGAAAGAGGAGGACGCUACUUCGUUUACCUCCUCAUCGCCGUGCAGAAGACCUACGACAACUACUACCGCUGUGAGGCCACUCAGGAGGAGAUCAGCCACAGGGUUUACGAUGACGUCUCGGUUCCAGAACAGAUGUUUGAAUCCUGUCCAGAUGUCUUCGUCUGGAUCGCUGUGUGGUUCUCUGGAGUUCUGAGUCUCGCUGCAGUUCUUGCUAUGGUCACUUGUACAAAGUGCAUCAUUAAACAUGCCAGGAAACGUUCCCGUUGGCCGAUUACAGAUUGGUCAUUUGAACCGGAGCUGAAACUUUAGCCUGACAUGUGUCAAAGUGCUCAGUUCUUAUCAAUAUGUACAGAGAAGUGACAAAUUAAAGGAAAACUGAAGCAGCUUGUUAAGGUGUUGGGUCACCAGAACAGCUUCAGCUCUCUUGGACAUUAAUUCUUCAAGACUCUGAACUCUACUGGAGGGAUGAACACCGUCGUUACACAAGGUAUUCCCCCAUUUGGUGUUUUCAUGAUGAUGGUGGAGACUGACAAAAAUCUUCCAAUUUCCUGGAAAGAUGACAUUUAUCUUUAAGAAGAUCUUUAUCUUUAAGAAUAAUUUUAAGAAGAGCUUUUGUUGUUGUUUGUUAAACUGGAGAUUUGUGCUUGUUGUCUGACAAUACUUUACAUUUUUACACUAGUGGCCUUUUAAAAUGUUUAUGCUCUGUGAGCUCACACUACUGCCUUUUAUGUCUGCUGAAAGACUUUUCUAUCAUUGUGUCCCCUGGUGGCUCGGAGGUCAAAACUCACUCAGUGUUUCUCACCAAAACACUGUUUGUUUGCUGGAGCUCUUACAAUUGUUUAUUUUUUUUAUUUCAUAAGGUUCUUUGCAAAUUCUAAAUUCAACUGACAUAAAGUUCUUUUUAAAUGUUCGAUUAAGUUGUUUUUUUCUAUCCAAUAAAGUGCUGCUCAUGUGA